CCACAAGCUCCCUUAGCAACGGUCGCCGUUGAAACGGAGGGAGACGCCCCCUGCGGAUUGGCUGCACCCUGUCUUUCUACGGCGCCGAUUGGCUGAGGCGUCGCUAGAGAGCCAGGCCUUGGCAGUAGCUGCCCGAGGACCGGCGUUCCCAGGACCUGGGCGGGACAGAGCCAGUGGUGACCCACGGCAAAGAGGAGCGACGAGAUGAUCCGUCAGAAGUCCAGCCAAUUCCUAGGACUGAAGAUGCAGUCGGAGCUUGAACAGCCCUCCGAACUGCAGCGGGAACCCGAGAGGGAACUCACUUCUUUGGAUGAGUCCGUCAUGCGUAUAGCAACAGGUGUGCGGCCUGAGUCCGGCACCGCGGCCUCGGUAGAAGCGGAUGAAGAUCCUGCAGCCAACUUGUUCCCGCCGCCGCUGCCCCGGCCCCGGAUCUGCAUGUGGAAGUACCUGGACAUCCAUUCCAUGCACAGGCUGGAGAAGACCACCAACACUGAGGAGAUGAGGGAGGUGCUAGCUGAGCUGUUGGGGCUAGGCUCUCCUGAGCAGAGCCUGCGGGAUGCCAUCAUCCUGGACCUUUUCUCCCAUGCACUCAUCUUCUGCCGCCAGCAGGGCUUUUCACUGGAACAGACAUCAACAGCUUGUGCUCUGCUCCAAGAUCUUCACAAGGCCUGUCAACCCCCUUGGGCAACGUGGAGGAAUGUUACCGCUACUUCACCAGUGUUCUUUUUUGCCAUGGAGUCAGGCGGCCUCCCUUCAGUAUCAACCUCUUUAGGGAGGAACAGCUGCUUGCCCUGGCAGAUUAUGUGGUCAACACCUACUUCCGCCACUUCAAGCUCUACAAAUAUGUCUUCACACCCCAGGUACAGAGGCCACCUCUCAUCUCCCCCUUUCACUCAGUGCAGAUGCCCUCCUCUCAGCCUCCCUCCUCCUCCCUCUUCCCAGGUGAGGCUGGACCUAUCUUUGACUUACAUAGGGCUACAGCCGUCUGAGCUCUGGCCAGAGGAUGAGACAGAGAAAGAAGGCGAGGAGGUGGGCGAGCAGGCAGUCACCCCACAGGAGGAGGAGCUGGAAACAGUGGUCCAGCCAGAGCAAGAGCCAAGCCAGGUCUCCAUCCUGCAAGCCUACAUCAAGACCCAGAUGAGCAAGGAGCUGGGGCAGCUCCAACAGCUGAUAGAGGAGCGGCUCAAAGCCAGCGAGGAAAGGCUCAACAGCAAGUUGACCAUCCUAGAGCGGCCCUUCCAGCUACCUCCUGGCAAAGGCAAGAACAAGACCAAGUGACCCCCAGCAUUUUCCCCAAUAAAGGCCUGGGGCA